AUGAAAUCUUAUGGCAUCAGAAAAUUCAAAUUUUGGCAACCUACUGAAAUUUCGCAUUUAUACCUCAAAUUUAAUAUCUUGAGCCGAUUCUUAUCCUGCAGAUACAAACUAAACAGGCGCUACAACACCGUCACCUCUCAACUCGGAUUUCAGCCUGCCCGACAACAUGAAGUUUUUCGCCGUAAUCUCUCUUCUUUUCGCCACUGCGGCAUCGGCUCAGUCUUGCACUGGCAACGAGCUCCAAAGUUGCCAGGGCAACAAAAUCAAGUUCUGCAACCUCGCCAAAAACAAUGUGUUCGAUUUCAUGGAUUGCUCUCCUCAAAGAUGUGUCAAUGUUGCAGGUGGAGCCAACUGUCAAUAGUUUGA